AUGGCCGCUUCACUCCUCUCCACCGGCACCAGGGCGGCCGACGUGCUCUCCCCUUUUGGCCGACCCCAGAUCAGGAUUGACUUCACCAACCAAAGAGAUGGCAAUCUGGCUCCGUCCUUUACAACUGGAGACCGCAUCGAAGGCACCGUGACCAUCUCAGCAGCACAUCUCAUCAGCUUCGACGAGGUCGAUAUCAAGCUCGAGGGAACACAGACCGUUACUGUGGAACGAGGCGCCGUGCCAGGCCGUUCAGGAGCAACUCAAACAUUCCUGCGCCUGCGCCAGCCCAUGCAAGACUCCUCCUACCCGACUCCUCGCGUCAUCGAGCCUGCACGCACCUACCAGUUCCCCUUUACCUUUGUCGUCCCCCGCGGUCUGCUACCACACGUCUGCAGCCACAGCAAGAAGAAUGCCCACGUCCACCAUUCCCACACUCUCCUUCCGCCCUCGCUUGGCGACCCCAUGCUCGCCCAGAACGGCAAGACGUUACUGGACGAUAUGUCGCCUGACAUGACGCGUGUCACUUACCAGAUCCGGGCCGAGGUGUUACAGAAACCGGUCGUUGGCCCCGCAAAGUCCCUGAAAGUCACCCAGCGCAAGAUUCGCAUCCUCCCUGCCGUUGAGGAGGAGCCUCCUCUGACCGUGCUCGACAAUGAUCCCGUCUACCGCACCCGUAGGGAGAAGGAUGUUAAGCGUGGCACCCUGCGGCCACGCCAGGGACGAUUGGUGGCCGCGGCGUCGCAGCCAAAGCCGUUGCAGCUCAACCCUCCUAACAAGGAACCUGAGUCGGUGAGCACAGCUGCCACCGUUCAUUUGCGGUUCGACCCUGUGGGCGACGAGGAACCGCCUCGUCUGGGCACCAUCUGGAGCAAGCUUCGUGUCGCAACAUACUAUGCCGCGCACCCUUGGGAGGACUACCCGAAUUCCUCGGCGGUUUCUGUGGUGGGAAUGACGGGAGAUGGUGUCUACUAUGAUACUGUGCCGCUGUCGAAAAUGUGUCUUGCCUCUGCGCAGUGGACCAAGCAUGCGGGCAACACCCUGGUCCGACGCGACUCACUCCAGUCGACCUCGUCGGCGGAAUCCAUCACAGGGCCAACUGCCUGCUUCUCAGGCGACGUCUACUAUACAGCCUCGGUUGUGGUGCCGGUCACUCUUCCAAAGGACAAAGCUUUUGUUCCAACCUUUCACUCGUGCCUGAUCUCCCGAGUCUACACACUGGAUCUCUGCGUAUCCUACCACACGCCGAAUAUGAACAUUCUCACGCCGACAGUAUCUCUGAAGAUUCCCAUCCAGCUGACCUUCGGGUCAUCCAACACUGACUCGAGUGGGAAAUCGGACGAGGUUAUUACUCAGGAAGAAGUAGAUGCGGAGUUCUUCAGCCCACGCAGCGUGGCCCCUCCAGCUAUCGACGGAGCCGACGCGGUUGCUCCCCCGGAAUAUUCGGAUUUGGCCGAGUACCACAGGUCGAGCCCGCUGCCUGGUCCGCGGCCGCAAAUUGUUCCCCUAUGA